AAAACACCUCACUGCGCUCCAGCCGGCAGGCUCGGCGGCACCCAGACCACACUCCCACCCUGCAGGGGCUCAGAAACGCGGGGGAACUUUAGUUGAGAGGAGCGCCUGGACGUGGGAUACAGCGAUCACUGGCUGCGCGUGGAUUAUCGAUAACUGCUGAGGGGAAACGGCUCCGCUUCCUGCCAUUAAUUAUUUAUAGGCUCCCGUACGGCGGCGGGGAUGCGAGAGAGACGUCGCAGCGGCGAGGAUCGCCCGCUCUGAACCGGAGGAGUCACCGGCAGAUGAUGUCCCAGCGCCAGAGUGUUUCCAGAGGAGACGGAGGAGAGCACGAAGGAGGAUGAAGAAGGGGGGAGAGGGGUCGAGAGCGGCAGAGGUGGGCUAUAAUGAAGUUGAGUGGGAAAGGACUGUGCACCGUGUGCUCCAGCGCCCUCCUCUUCGUGUGCGCCCUGAGCGAAGUUGUCGUUGGAUUAAGAUGCGUCUCGCUGGGAUCUACGGUGAAGGCGCACUUCCACCUGGGCGCCGCCGCCGGGGCUUUCUACUCCGGGCUCCUGGUGGGCAUCGGCCAGGUGCUCCUGGGCUCGGCGAUGGUGUGUUGCGUGCAGAAGCCCGGCUGCAGAAAUUUCUUCCUCCUGGGUGUUGUUGUCUUCUUGCUGGGCGUCCUCACCGCCUUCUCCGGCGCGGUGGUGGACGGGGACACGGCUUCUCUGGUGGAGAGGAAAUUCUCCCACUACUGCUUCCACUCCGUGUUUGUGAACUCCGCCUGCCAGCAGCUGAGGGAGUACCAGCGGACCCUGGUCAUCUCCACGGUGCUCAGCACGCUGGAGUGCCUCCUGGGGCUCCUCAACCUGGUCAUCAUCAAACGCUACAAGGCGGAGCAGUUUUCUAGGAGCAGGCAGCGGCAGCGGCAGAGCAGCGGGGCCAUGGUGCUCAGCGAGGAGCGGGACUGCUCCUCGGCGGGGCUCCAGCCGGUGUCCUACAUCAACCUGGGGGUGUUCAGCGUGCUGGACGAGACGGGGGCCGAGGCGCAGCGCGGCGGACACCCGUCCAUCGAGCUGCCCGGAUACUGGCCCUGGGACCCGGAGCUCAACCACUGCUUCCCAUUCUCAUACCCGAUCCCCAGCGAGCUGCCGCCCGCCUACGAGGACAUUUUCCCCGCCGAGGCAUGCAACACAUAGCCGCUCCGUCCGGAGCAGCUCCCGUCUCUGCUGUGACAAUCACUGACUUUCUUGCUCGGACUAAAAACCCACCUUUCCUUCCAGAUACGCACCGCAGUAAGUUACGCAGGAGGUUUCUUGUUUUUCCAGGCGCGCACGCAGCGAGGAGCCAGGUAGAAACAGCGCAAAGUGGCAGCCUCCAGGGCCCAGACAGUGCAGGCACGUUCAGGCCCAGAAACGCAACAGCUUGCUGGAGUAAAAAAAGAAAAAAAAAAAAAGCCCCGACCAGAGUCGAUGUUUUCUGGAUGAUUGCUGUUGACGUUUUUACUUGUGAAUAAAAAUGUGUGUUUAACCUCAGCUGAAGUCACGAAGAUGAAAGGGGGGAGCUUCAGCCUGGACUUCCAAGUUUUCAGAAGUCCGGGGAAUAUUUAAAGCAGGAUUUUAUUUUUAUUUUUUUUAAAUGUGGCAUCACUCCUAAAAAUGUCUUUAUUCCUAGGGGAGAAAAAACAGCAACAGAAGACGCGCCAGACCUGUAUGUAACAAAGUCACUGAAAUACAGAGCCUUUUGCAAAUGUGUUAACACCCCUUGGCAUUUUCCAUGUUUUUGUUGCCUCACAACCUGGAAUUAAAAUGGAUUGUUCUAGA